AUGUUUUUCGAUCUGAAUGUCCCCUAUAGUCCUGAUGACUCCGACGUACCCCACACCUUAAAUUUCCUGGCAGAACUGGGUUACACUACCGUCGCCUUGUCCCAUACUAUUAGCGGAAAGCUCCCGUCAAGCCUCACUCCGCCACCUCUCCCGUCAAAUCCGCCCAAGUCCCUCCAGCUGCUGACCCGGCUCAACCUGACCCUCUCCGACCCCGCGCAGAACCAACGCCUUGCCAACCUGACUCAAGCAUACGAUCUUGUUGCUCUCCGCCCCACAAAUGAAAAGGCCCUGCUUAAUGCCUGUACCAGCCUGGAAUGUGAUGUGAUCUCAUUAGAUCUCUCGGUGCGAUUGCCGUACCAUUUCAAGUUCAAAAUGCUGUCGGCUGCUAUAUCACGAGGAAUCCGGCUGGAGAUCUGCUACGGUCCCGGAAUCACAGGAAGCGGCCUGGAUGCUCGCCGAAACCUAAUUGGGAAUGCUGCGUCAUUAAUCAGAGCCACACGGGGCCGCGGUAUUAUUGUGUCCAGUGAGGCACAAAGAGCUCUGAGCUUGCGGGCCCCAUGGGAUGUGAUCAAUUUGGCUUGUGUCUGGGGACUGUCACAAGAGCGUGGAAAGGAAGCGAUCUGCGAGGAAGCCAGGAAGGUCACGGCUCUGGCCAAGUUGAAGCGGACCAGCUGGCGGGGUAUUGUCGACAUUGUUCAUGGCGGCGAGAGUGUCAAUCGCGAGCAAACGACAACAAAAAAGAACGCACCAGCAAAGGAGGAUACGGCAUCACCAUCUAGCAACGCUGCAGACACUCUGAAACGAAAGGCUUCGCUUGGCUCCGAGCCAGCUGAGGAACCCGAAAAAGCUCUCUCAAAGAGGGAAAUGAAACGUCGCGCCAAAAAAGCUCGCCUUGAGUCACGAGGUGCACAUGCAGUCGAUACCUGA